AUGAGCGUGCGCAAGGCGCACAACUCCGGUCGAAACCACUUGAGGAACGUUGUGGAGUACUAUCAGCAAAUCGGACAAGAAAACGCCCAAUCUGUCAUUGACUCUAUCACGGCAUCCUACGCCGCAGAGGGCCAGCCCCUCCCCAAUCCCGCCAUGGUGCCAGGUGCAUUCCCGCCUCCAUUUGGCUUCCCAGGUACACCCAUCUUUCAUAUUUCCCAGCAACCUCAACAAACAAGUCUAACAACGGCCUCGCGAGGCAACUUAGGCCAAGGACCUCCUCUUCCAUUCGGCAUGCCCCCACCAGGGGCCCCCGGCGCUCCAGGAAUGCCGCCUCGUAUGUAUCCCCACGGAGCCUCUUCUCAACUUCUACACCCACUCCCACACCCGCCAACACCCUACCUACAUGGACAAACAACUAACAAGUCUGAUUUCACCUGGACAGCCCCCGGCGCCCCCGGCGGUCUUCCCUUCCCACCUCGCUUCCCUCCCAAUGCCUCCGGCACUCCUCCUCAGGGAGGUUUCCCUCCCCCGCUUCCGAACUUGCCUCCCGGUUCAAGCCUACCUCCCCUUCCUCCAGGAGGCUUCCCCGGAUUCCCCAUUCCUCCUCCCGGUGCGGCCGGUGCGUUUCCUCCACCCAUGCCAGGUGGUGCAACACACUCGCCCAUUCCAUCUGGACCCCGUGGUUCAGAAGGAUACCCUCCUCCCGGAGGCGGUCCUCCUCCAGGAAUGGACAAGUGGUAA